AGCACACAAAUGACCACGAAUGCGUCGGACCGGAAUGACGCAAAACAACGACGUGGAUUUAGGAUUAGAUUGAAAUCUACUUUCAUUUUAGAUAAUUCCUGAUUGUCACAAAGCUUCAUAUUACAAUGUCAGCGAUACCCAAGCUUUUCCAGUGGCUGUUUGGGGUGGGAUCUUUCCUGGUUGUGUGGCUCAGCCUUGUGCUAAACUAUGUAGAGACAGACUUUUCCAAAUCAUAUGAAGAUGUUAUAUUGUUGCUCCCGUUAUAUUUGUUAAUAGCUUUUGCAUGUGUCUCCAUAGCCAUCAUAGGAUACAGAGUAGCCAUAUUUAAUGAUUGUGUUGAGGCAUCAGAGGAGUUACAACAGCAAAUUGAAGAAGCCAAAGAAGACUUAAAGAAAAAGGGUUUCAAGUUUGUGGAGUCGUGACAACACAGAUAUAUUGUACUGGGAGGGGGUUAAUCUCAGUUGUCUUCUCCACGAAUCAGACAGACUGCAUCUCUUGAACGUUAAGGUCACAACAACAUUAUUCCUUAUUCAUGGUAGAUAGUUUACUUGUAUGUUUUUGUUGUUGGGUAUAAAUGUUUUCAUUUACCAUGAAGUUAGGAAAUAGUGUGUAUUGUAGGAUGAGGAGAUCAGUUAUAAAUCGGGUGGGAAAUAAUUAGCUCACCUGGCUCUUUGGCCGAGGUGAGCUUAUGCUGUGGUGCAGCAUCAGUCCAUCAUCCGUCUGGUGUCAACUUUUACAAAAAGGUCUAGAAUCAUGAUAUUUGGCUCGUAUGUUCUGGAGUCCCAUAAAGUUUGCCAAAAAGAAAUGACCAUGACCUAUAUUCAAGGUCACUGAUUUGUUAAAACAUUCAAACAACUUCAUCUCACAAAUCACAAAUCAAAGGGACUAGAAUCAUGAUAUUUUCUGAUAGGUUCUUGGGAUGAAGCCCCCAAAAAGUUUUUAAUAGGAGAUGAUCUUGUCUCAUAUUCAAGGCCACAAAGGUCAAAUGUAUCAAAACGUUCAAAGGACUUCUUCUGAUUAACUGAAAGGCCUAGAAUAAGUUCUUUUGAAUAACUGAAAGGCAGAGAAUCAUUUAGGAAGUUAAUAACAGGUGAGUAAUGCAGGUCUGUUGGGCCUCUUGCUUUUGCGUUGCUGGGAGAGGAGGAUGGAAGCUACAUAAGAUGUAUAAAGAUGAAAUAUUACUUCAGUACGGACUUAAUUGAAUGAGGGUUUAUAAGAUUUCUUGUAUGUGAACAAUAUAUAAACAAGAUUUUUUUUUAUAGAAUUUUACUUUUAUUGUAUUCAGUACAAAAUGUAAGGCAAAUCUUACAUACAUGAAAAACUGUUUCUAAACAAUUGUUGUUCAUGCUAAAAAUAAUGUGGAAACAGAUUUAUAAUUAGAUUGCAAAUUGUUUUUAUUUUAUUAUGCAGGAUGAUUUAAAUAGAUUAAGGAAUUAUUCAGCAAGUUUUGUGAAAAAAAGUGAUUAUGUUUAUAUUCUUAUAAAAGUCUUGCAAUGAAUGUGGUGAUGGAGAUUGUAGGAUAUGUAUGACUGCAGUCAAGAUUAAAUAAGGUGACCUGUGUCUGUGAUCUGUGUCUGGAAUGAAUGCUAUUUGACCAAAGUUUGAGUAAUUGUAGCAUAAUCAUUAAGAAUAGACUUGCCCGUUGUGUAUAAAAAAGUACCAGUGCAAUCUGACUGAGUAACUGUAGUCCAGGAAUCUCAGUCAUAAUGUAAUGUUAGCAUUGUUUAUGUAAUGAUUUCGGGUAUUGUAAACAAGACAAACUGGACUCCUGGAGUUCAAUCUGAUAAUAUUUUCUCUAGUAGACGCCUUGUACAUAAACUUUUGAUGCAAUAGUAGAGUUUGUCUUCACGCCAUCCUUAAUCUUCUGAAGUAUUGAAAUUAAAAAGGACCUCAUUUAGUUUUAGGACACUGUGGGUUACCGAUGAUGGUUUUAGGAAUACUAUUCAAACCAUUUAGAAGGACCCCAUUUAAUCUGAAAAGGACCUCAUAAUUAUCAGGUUACCUGAGACAAAUACAUGUAGUCUCAAGUACCCUAUUCUAAUCGCCUUUUGUCUGUCGUUGUGUCGUCUGUCCGUAAAGAUUUACUUUUUCGAAUUCUUCUCAGAACCCUGCAUCAGUUUCAGUGACAUUUUGCAGAAGCAUUCCAUGGCAAAAGGUCAACCAAAAUUGUGAAUUAUAUGGUCCCUGACCUUUAGGGGCCUAAUGGGCAGGGCCAUAAGUGGUCAAAUUGACUGAAAUUUCUAAACUCAGGUGAUCGUUAAGGCCCUUGGGUCUCUUGUUAGGAAUGCCAUUCAAACUAUACAGAAGAACCUCACAUAAUCUGAAAAGGACCUCAUUCAUAAAAUACCCAGUGGAAAUAAUCAUUUUCAUCAUAAACAUAAAUUAUUCAUGUGAAAUUGUGCAUUAUAAUAAAUGAGUUAAUUUUACCAUUGUACAUCAACCAUCAUCUCUUUUCUGUAUUCUUCAUUAUUAUUAUAUAGGUAUACAUGUAUUUACAAAUUACGUUGUAAAUGAUAAUCUGUAAAAUUUCAAUAAAUUAUUUGAUAAAUAAAAUAUGGAACUACA